ACACCCCUCUCUUCUAUCCUCUCCAUCCUCUCCAUCCAUUGAACGACUGCACGCCCAUCUUACGAUCGUUACCCGCCCAACUCGUGUCAACCGCUUCAAUUCAUCAAUCACUCCAGCACCAUGUGCGGUAUCUUUGGUUACGUCAACUACCUGGUGGAGAAGGACAGGAAGUUCAUUCUUGACACCCUGGUCAAUGGUCUGUCCCGCCUUGAGUACCGUGGCUACGACUCGGCCGGUCUCGCCGUCGAUGGCAACAAGAGGAAUGAGGUUUUUGCGUUCAAGGAGGUUGGCAAGGUCGCCAAGCUGAAGGAGCUCAUUGAGACCGAGAAGCCCGACCUGACCAAGGUCUUUGACUCGCACGCCGGUAUCGCCCACACCAGGUGGGCUACCCACGGUGUUCCUUCCCGCGUCAACUGCCACCCCCACCGCUCCGACGCCAACUGGGAGUUCUCCGUUGUCCACAACGGUAUCAUCACCAACUACAAGGAGCUGAAGGCGCUGCUGGAGGGCAAGGGCUUCAGGUUCGAGACGGAGACGGAUACCGAGGCCAUUGCCAAGCUGGCCAAGUACAUCUACGACAGCCACCCCGAGAUCGAUUUCCCCGUUCUCGCCAAGGCCGUCAUCAAGGAGCUUGAGGGUGCUUUCGGUCUCCUGCUCAAGUCCGUCCACUACCCCCAUGAGGUCAUCGCCGCCCGCAAGGGUUCGCCCCUGGUCGUCGGUGUCAAGACCCAGAAGAAGAUGAAGGUUGACUUCGUCGACGUCGAGUACUCCACCGAGGCCGAUGCGCUCCCCGCCGAGCUCGCCUCGCAGAACGUUGCCCUGAAGCAGUCUGGCAACAAUCUGCUGGCUCCCCCCGACAAGUCCCUUCUCCACCGCUCGCAGUCGCGUGCCUUCCUUUCCGACGACGGUGCUCCCAUGCCCACCGAGUUCUUCCUGUCUUCCGACCCUUCUGCCAUUGUUGAGCACACCAAGAAGGUUCUGUACCUCGAGGAUGACGACAUUGCGCACAUCCACGAGGGCUCCCUCAACAUCCACCGCCUGAACAAGGACGAUGGUUCCUCCAACGUUCGUGCCAUCCAGACUCUGGAGAUUGAGCUCCAGGAGAUCAUGAAGGGCCGCUUCGACCACUUCAUGCAGAAGGAGAUCUUCGAGCAGCCAGAGUCCGUCGUCAACGCCAUGCGUGGUCGUCUCGACAUCCCCAACAAGAAGGUCACUCUGGGUGGUCUUCGCCAAUACAUCUCCACCAUCCGCCGCUGCAGGAGGAUCAUCUUCGUCGCCUGCGGUACCUCCUUCCACUCUUGCAUGGCUGUCCGUGGUAUCUUCGAGGAGCUGACGGACAUUCCCAUUUCCGUCGAGUUGGCCUCCGACUUCCUUGACAGACAGGCGCCCGUCUUCCGUGACGACACCUGCAUCUUCGUCUCCCAGUCUGGUGAGACCGCCGACUCCCUCAUGGCCCUCCGCUACUGCUUGGAGCGUGGUGCUCUCACCGUUGGUAUCGUCAACGUUGUCGGUUCCUCCAUCUCCCUGCUCACCCACUGCGGUGUCCACAUCAACGCCGGUCCCGAAAUCGGUGUUGCCUCGACCAAGGCCUACACCUCCCAGUUCGUCUGCAUGGUCAUGUUCGCGCUGUCUCUCAGCGAGGACCGUGCGUCCAAGCAGAAGAGGCGCGAGGAGAUCAUGGAGAGCCUUGGCAAGCUUCCUGACCAGUUCAAGGAGAUUCUCAAGCUCGACCAGUCCAUCAAGGAGCUCUGCCUCAAGUUCAAGAACCAGAAGAGCUUGCUGCUGCUCGGCCGUGGUGCUCAGCACGCCACCGCUCUUGAGGGUGCCCUGAAGAUCAAGGAAAUCUCCUACCUUCACUGCGAGGCUGUCAUGUCCGGUGAGCUGAAGCACGGUGUUCUGGCGCUUGUCGACGAGAACCUUCCCAUCGUCAUGAUCCUGACCCGCGACGGUCUCUUCGCCAAGUCCCUCAACGCCUACCAGCAGGUCAUUGCCCGCGCUGGUCGCCCCAUCAUCAUCUGCAACCAGGGUGAUGAGGAGUUCCCCGCCGACAAGACCGAGAAGAUCGAGGUUCCCCACACCGUCGAUGUUCUCCAGGGUCUGCUGAACGUCAUUCCCCUGCAGCUGAUGGCGUACUGGCUCGCCGUUGGCGAGGGCCUCAACGUCGACUUCCCCAGGAACCUGGCGAAGUCCGUCACCGUCGAGUAAGCGUUCGAAGCCGCUUUCUCUUUGGUUUUAGGGGUACGGUAAAAGGAAUUCGAGCAUCGGACGCUCAGCGGGUCAUGGGCGUUGUAUGCUGAAGUCGCGUUACGGGCUUUUUUUAAUGCACAUUAUUGAGGAUGAGAAUGAUGCCAACAUCUGGCACAUGGGAGGGAAAAGCAAUCGCGCGUCAUCUAUCACGGACGUCAGCGAUUUAGUAUGGUAGAAUGCUCUAUGAAAGCGAAUUGUUGUAUAAUAUGCCUUACAUUGACGGCCAUGCAACUCCCUACUGCCCAAGUGACGACGCCGAAAAGGGGCACCGUGGGACC